AGAACAAACGAUGAAAUCGCAGCGCUGGCCAAAGCACAGGAUUUCGAUGCUCUAGCCGCUCGAAUGUAUGGAAGACUUAAGUUCGGUACAGCAGGCAUUCGUGCUCGUAUGGAAGGAGGAUUUGCUCGUUUGAACGAAAUGACGAUCCUCAUUAUUACACAUGGAUUUGCAAAGUAUCUGCUCAAUGUAUUCCAAGGCCAACAACUUACUGGAGUAGCGAUUGGCUAUGAUGCCAGACACAACAGCAGACGAUUCGCUGUACUUGCCGCUAAUGUCUUCCUUCGUAAUGGCAUUCCCGUCCAUUUCUUCAGUGAAGAGUGUCCAACGCCAGUUGUUUCAUGGGCAACUGUGAAGCUGAACUGCAACGCUGGGCUGAUUAUCACAGCAUCGCAUAACCCGAAAGAGGAUAAUGGCUACAAAGCCUAUUGGAACAAUGGAGCACAGAUAAUCGAUCCUCAUGACACAGAAAUCAUGAAAUUAGCCGAAGCAGCACCGUUCCCGUUACCAAAUGAAUAUUGGGAUACAGCUGAUAUGAUGAAAAAUCCACUGUUCAGAUCUGCAGACACUGUGAUUGAUCCGUACUUCGAAAUCGAAAAGAAGUCCUUGAACUUCUACAGGCAAAUAAAUGCGUCAACGCCGCUGAAGUUCACAUACUCAGCGUUCCAUGGUGUGGGUCAUCGUUAUGCAAAACGUAUGUUCAGUGAAUUUGGUUUCAAGGAUGAUCACUUCAUCUCUGUUCCGGAACAACAAGAACCCAAUCCAGAUUUCCCAACGGUUCCAUUCCCGAAUCCCGAGGAAGGUGCCAGUGUUCUUGCGUUGUCAUUCAAAACGGCCGAUGCCAAUGGUUCAACAGUCGUGAUCGCGAAUGAUCCUGACGCUGACAGGGUUCAAUUGGCUGAGAAAAAUGCAAGUGGCGGUUGGAGAGUAUUCACUGGAAAUGAAAUGGGAGCACUGCUCUCGUGGUGGAUUUGGGUGAACUGGUCUCAGAUUCAUUCGAAUGUACCGAAAUCGGACAUUUAUAUUCUCAACAGUGCUGUGUCUUCCCAAAUGAUUAGAACAAUUGCUGAAAAGGAAGGAUUCAAAAGUGAUGUGACAUUGACCGGAUUCAAAUGGAUGGGAAAUAAAGCGGAUGAGUUGCGUAAAAAGGGCAAACACGUGAUCCUGGCUUGGGAAGAGAGUAUCGGAUUUAUGCCUGGUCACACGAUGGACAAGGAUGGACUGAGCUCAGCUGCAAUGUUUGCUGAAAUGGCUGCAUGGCUACAAACCCAGAAGCAAACACUACAAGAUAGACUCUUCUUCUUAUAUUUCAAAUAUGGUUACCAUCUCGUUCGUUCGACGUAUUGGUUCACUCCAAGUCCUGAUGUAACUGCCAGCUUGUUCAACUCGCUACGAAAUAAUUUGAAGUACCCCGAAACGAUUGGACCACACAAGGUGAAGAGUGUGAGAGAUCUUACAACCGGAUACGAUAACUCUCAACCGGAUAACAAGGCCGUGCUGCCAAUAUCAACGACUUCCGAGAUGAUCACUUUCACUCUGGAGAAUGGAAGUGUCGCUACGCUCCGUGCAUCAGGCACUGAACCGAAAAUCAAGUACUACAUCGAACUGAAGACAGCUCCUGGCAAGAAAGAAAGGUACGUUAUGGAUCGAAUAUGNGAGAAUGCUGUGGUUGAAACCCUACUUCGACCGCAACAAUUCGGUCUUGUCCCCCGUAAAUAG